UCACUUUUCUCCAAUGGAGCCACUCAAGACAGGAGCAAAGUCAGUUACUCAUGUCAAAAUGAAUACGUAAGUCCCACUGAGUCCCCACUAAUCCAUGCCUUUGAUUUCGCCGGCACAGGACAUAAUCACCGCUCAUCACAUCACCAUUUAAAUACACCAAAGUUCUCACAAGAAACACACACACAAAACAAACCAUUGCCUAGUUUUGAAAAAAGAUUAGAAUAAUAAUAAUAGUAAUAACAUUGAAAAGAAUGGGUGCAGUGAGUGUAGUAAGAGUGGAUGAUGAUGAUGGUGAUUCAUUUAAGAAGGCAGGUGCAGUUCCUUUUAAGUGGGAGGUAAAACCAGGACUCCCUAUAGUGCAACAGAAGCUCCACCACCAGAAGCUGGAAUCGCCGUCGCUGAAGCUGAGGCCGCCGCCGCCGGUGGGUGCCUACCUGCUUUCUCCGGCGGAGCCUCGGUCCCGGUCCUUCCGGUCCACUCCGAGGGACCGGUCUGAUCGGUGGCGGUUCAAGCGGCCUCUUCUGGCCCAAGCCGAGAGCGUGUCGUCUGGUUGUUUCUUUUCGCCGUUUUUGAGGAGGCUGCAACGGAGGAAGAAGGUUCCGAAGCGAGUAUUUGAAGAGGACUAUAGGCCGGAGCUUGAGACGCUAGGUCGGUGGUCUUUGUCGUCGACGAAGUCGCUCUCGCCGUUCCGGGCCUCGACGACGUCGUCUUCUGUGGCGUCAUCGCCCCGGCCCGUUAGCGAUGCCGAAUGGGCCGGGUUUGGGCUUUUCUGAACGAGUAGAGCAGUUACUUACUGGGUCAUGGGUGGGCGUGUCUGCGGAAUCGGAAUUGCAAAGAUUUUUCUUUUUCUUCUACUUUUUUUUUCUUUCCUUUUUUUUUUAAUCUCAAUGAAAAAAAGGUUA